AUGUUGCUACGAACCACACGGCCGCUACUUGUGGGGCGGCUGCUGGUGCUACUACCACUGCGUCCGCCGAGUUUGGCACUACUAAAAGUGGGGAACCGAGCGUUUAGUGGUCUGAUUGUUAACCAUCGGCUUACGCCGCUAUCGGCACUGAUCGCCACCAAAAUCGGGACUAUUCCAAUCAGAUUGGCCCUGACCACUCCGUCCCGUCCUGAUGAAGACCCCUUACAGCUCUUGAGCUCGGUCCAGCUGCAUUUGGACUACUCCCGCAACAAACAACUUGAGCUUGUCCAAGAAGAGAAACAAAAGCUGAUUGCCACCGCCAAACGCACCCUCAGACAAAACUUGUCGACGGUGAAACGGAUCAUCAAACUCGGUAAACCCGAUAUUAAGUUGUUCGUGUACGCGUUGUUGUUUAUCCUCUUUGCCGUGCUUUACCCCACCACGGCGGUGAAACUUGUUGGGGCGCUGAUUGAUGCCUAUAAUCUGGGGUUACGUGAUGCUGACGGUGAUCUCGUUAUCUGGGGAUACAAGUACCAGAACUUAUUCAUGGCGAUGGUGCCGUUUAUGCUUGUGCUGGCUGCGUGCUUCUGGGCGCGUAUCUGGCUUUUGAAGUUGCUUGGGGAACGGCUUGUGGCUCGUUUGAGACUUCGAGUGAUGAAACACUUGCUUCGUCACGACGCUGCGUUCUACGAUAAGGAGAAACACAAAGUGGGCGACCUUAUAUCGCGGUUGCUGCUGGACGCGUACGUGGUGCUGAAGCUGAUCACGCUGAACUUACCCGAUGGGCUCAAAAACUUGUUGUUUGGUAUUAUUUCAGCGUACAUGAUGUGGCUGAUUAACCCGAUCUUGUUUGGGGUGAUGAUGCUUAUUUCACCACCGAUUACGAUUGGUUCUGUUCGUUACGGGGAAAAGAUCAGAGAGCUUUCCACGCGGCUCCAAAACGUUACUGCGGGGUUAACUAAAGUACUGGAAGAAACCCUUAACGCUAUUCGCUUAGUGAAAGCGUUUGCUGCUGAAAAUAAGGAACUUCAAAAGUAUCUGAACCAACUUCGUCGCGUGGUCAAUGUCGCCAAGAAGGAAGCGUUCGCUCAACUGAACUACCUGGUGCUGAUCUACGGGCUCUACCAUACCGGAUACUUAUCGUGUAUUGCCCUUGGUGUCUACCUUAUCCUCAAUGGCAAAAUGACCACCGGUGAUGUGGUGGCAUUUACGAUGUACCUGGAGCUUUUCAACCUGGCGUUAUACUCGUUGACCACCACCUACAUGGAGCUUAUGAAAGGGCUGGGUGCCGGUCUCAAAUUGUUUGAUUUGAUUGACCACGGCGACCAAGUACCCCCCGUCAAGGGGAAAAUGGUUCCUGCUAAAUUGAACAACGAUAUCGAGUUCCGUGACGUCACCUUCGCCUACCCCACUCGUCCUCGUGAUAUCAUCUUCAAGGACUGCUCGUUCAAAGUGGCUCCGGGACUGUCUACGUGUUUUGUGGCACCGCUGGGGGCGGGUAAAUCGACGAUUGCCAGUCUUUUGAUUCGCGCCUAUAACCUUCAAGGUGGGGCGAUCUAUAUUGGUGGCACUAACAUCAACGAUUUCCAAGUACGUGAGCUUAGACGCGAAGUGUUUGGCAUCGUCCAGCAGGAACCGGUGUUGUUGCUGGGGUCGAUCCUUGAGAAUAUCGUCUACGGUCUUACUCCGUCGCAGAUCUCUAAGCUUACGAUGGCCGAUAUCGUCGAAGUGUGUCAACAGGCGAACUGCCACGACUUCAUCAUGGGGUUCCCCGAUGGCUACGACACCAUCAUUGGCGCUCGCGGGGCGCUGCUUUCUGGCGGUCAGAAGCAGCGGAUCGCCAUCGCCCGCGCUUUGAUCAAGCGGCCGAAGAUCUUAAUUCUCGACGAAGCGACGCUGGCGUUGGACUCGAAGCUGGAGGCCCUCAUCAACGAUACCCUCAAGCGGUUGACGAUGGAAGGGAGCAUGACCAUCAUCCUGAUUGCCCACCGGUUGCUGACGAUCUCGAAGCUGGAGAACGUCAUCGUCCUCGGUAAGGGCGGCAAAGUGGUCGAAGAAGGUAAGUUUGUCGACUUAUUUGCCGACCCGUCGUCGGAGCUCUCGAAGUUGUUGGACGAGCUGAGCACCAAGAAGGAGUACACCAAGAUGAGCGACGAAGAGAUUGCUGAGCAACACAAGAUGAACCAGGAAGCGGAACGCAUCGAGGAAGAACAGUUCUUGAACGCCCAGGAAGUCGACUUCGAACGGGUGCGCUCGCUCAUCGACGACUUGCCCGCUGAACUCCGCAAGCGGUUGAUGGAGGAGAUGACGGUGGAGAUGGAACUGGACAACCACAACCUGCGCUUAUAA